GUCACAUAAAUCAAUGCACUGGGCCGGGGAGUAGUAGAACAAUAUAAAAAGCAAGUAGAUAGCUACAUGUCCAUCAGUUCAGGCUCUCAGAACUUCCGACACAGCAGGACAGAAAGAGUGUUAAGAUGGAGAAAGCAAUGAUUCUGUUUUCUGUGCUGCUCCUGGGGUGGACCUGGACCCUUCUGGGGGUCCCUGUGGAUGGGGAUCAUGUGGAGCCCUCUGUGGCUCCUGCAGAAGUGGAGGAUCCUACUGUUAAUGCAACUCUGCUCAAUACCACUCUGCUGAAUCCGCGCACUACAUUUCUUUUUAAUGCUACAGAGAUCUGUGAACAAGCACCAGAAACAGGUCCAUGUGAUGCGUACAUUCCACGUUACUUCUACAACUCCUCCUCAAUGAGUUGCCAGCUUUUCACCUAUGGAGGGUGUCGGGGCAACCGUAACAACUUUCAAACUGAGAAAGAGUGUAUGGAGAGAUGUGACACUGAAGGGGUCUGUGAACAAGCACCAGAAACAGGUCCAUGUCUGGCGGGUAUUCCACGUUACUUCUACAACUCCUCCUCAAUGAGCUGCCAGCUUUUCACCUAUGGAGGGUGUCUGGGCAACCAAAACAACUUUCAAACUGAGACAAAGUGUAUGCAGAGAUGUCACACUGAAGGGGUCUGUGAACAAGCACCAGAAACAGGUCCAUGUAAGGCGGCCAUUCCACGUUACUUCUACAACUCCUCCUCAAUGAGCUGCCAGCUUUUCACCUAUGGAGGGUGUCGGGGCAACCGUAACAACUUUCAAACUGAGAAAGAGUGUAUGCAGAGAUGUCGCACUAAAGAUGUCUUUAAAUCAUUCACUAAAGUUAAAAUAGCAAAACCACACUAUUAAAAUACUCAAUUACAA